AUGGCAAUUGAAUCCCUUCUCUUCUUGCUACUAUUUAUCGCCUCAGCUUCCGCAGAAUUACAAAAUUACCCUGGUAAAGGGACUUUAGUAAGAACUGAUUUAAGGCUUUCAAAGCCUCUUAUUGGAGAAGAUGGAAGAAUUUACAUUUGUGUUGAAAGGACUUUAUAUGCAUUUGAGAGUAAUGGGUCUAUUGCUUGGACCUCAUAUUUGGGUUAUGCAUGCAAUGUUAGCAUGGCUCCAGUUCUUGGAACUAAAGGAAAGCUAUAUUUGGUUGCAGAGAACAGAGUCCUGAAAAUCAAUUUUAGCGAUGUUAGAACUUCCCCACCAGCAGUAGAAGUUUUCUUUGGCCCAGAAAAAGGUCAAGCAGGUGCAGGCGAUAUCAUCGGGCUUGCAGCAAGCACAUUGAGUUCGUCUGUAUUUAUAAAUAUUAAGAACCGAGGGCUAUUUGCUUAUAAAAUGCAUGGGAAACUACACUGGACUGCUGGGGCUGUGCUUUCUCAGUAUGGAUACAGUUUAGGUUGUAGAAAAGGCGUAAAAGAUUGUUCUUUUAGUUCAAUUCCCGUGGUUGAUCGAUGCGAGGCUAGUCUAUAUAUUUCAAAUACUGCAGGAGAAUUAUAUUCAUUGUCUCUUCGUAGUCCUCACUUUAACUGGGUUCAGGACCUAAGCUCAUUUGACAAAAACUACACUAUCACACCUGGAAACAACGGCCGGUUGUAUGUGACAGUACCCACACGAUCACUUGUGUUGACUCUAGAUGCCUUGAAGGGUAAUAUUGUAUGGCAGACGAGUAUUGGACCCUUAGGUUCAGCUGAAUGUGCACCGGUUGUGGAUUCCAACGGUUGUGUAUCUAUUGGUUCACUGGAUGGAUUUCUGUACUCAAUCUCACCAACUGGAGCCCUAAAGAAAUACUCAAAAGCAUCUGCACUGGAUCAUGUUAUUCAAGUAAGUCCACAUUUAGAUUGCUCCGGCUAUGCUGUUUAUAUGUCUCAGACUGAGAUGGAAGGAAAAGUUAUCCACACAGUUGGUGAAUCUACUUACGUCUCAGCAAUGAAACCAAAAGGUGUACUCUUCUCCUUGUUGGUUCCAGCUACUGGUGUGAUCCACUGGUCUGAACGCUAUCCUGGUAAAGUCUCAUCCUUGCUGUCUCAAAGUGAUCUGAAAAAUUUUGUACUGGAUGAGGGACUUCUUCUUUCCUUUAUUGCUGCUUCAAGGAAUGGCAAACCUCUGCCUUGCCGUAGCAAACAUCAGAAGCUUUUAUCCACUUGCUCACAAGCAAAGCCCAGGCAUCAUAGUAUAUAUCCAGGUAAUGAAAGGACAAUAUUGAUGUUCUUGUUACUUGAAUCUAUACUCUUGAUAAUUUUAGCCGGACUUGUACGAUUCUGCUGCAUAUUUUGGACGAAAAAGAAGCUUCAAGAUCAAGGCUUGGGGAGUUUCCUAGAAAAGAGACGUUCUCUCCAACUCAAGAAGAAAGCAUUUGAUAGGACAAUCACCCAACUUGAGAAGCAGGCUGCAAACGAAGCAGUGGCACAUGAAGUUAUUGAAGAAAUAGGAGAUUUGGUACGAGAAAGAGAGAGCAUAUCAAGGAAGCUCUCCACAACAUACAGUUUAGGCAGAGAUGGAAAGGGCUUGAGGUCAAACUCUCUCCUUCCAGUAUAUGAUGGGAAAUCAAGGAGCUUUUCUUUUCAAAGUGCAAGGAAAGAAAGUGUCACUAUUUUUCACACACUAAGUGAUACAUCUUCAGGAGAAAGCAGCAAUGACAAAGAUCCUGAUUGGAAUGUUCACGAAGGGAACCAGUCAUCAGCUAAGGGAAAGGGAAAGACAAAGGCAAAGGCAAAAGCACCUGUUGAAACAGAAAGUUCAAGCGCUGACGAGAUAUUUGAGAAAGACCACCAGAGAAGUUCAUCAAGCUCAAAAGGGUAUCUAAAUCCAUUGUUUAUGGAGCAAGAGCUGACAGAUGAGGAGUUGAACGAUGAAGUGAAAGUGGUGGAAUCAGCAAUAAGCAGAGGCAGAACUAGAAGCAUAUGGUUAAAGAGAAGAAAGACAUUGUCUUCAACAAACUAG